AUGAAAUUAAACAAAAAUGCCAUUUUGUCAGGCUUUUGUGCGUGUCUCGGCUCGUGUUUCGGCAAACUCUCUUCCAUCGUGACGGUCGAAAACAACGCCAUCCUCUACACAAUUACUUCCAUCAACAUCGCCUUAAUGCUCCUCUUCAACGGAUUAGUUUGGACAUUUUUCGUGAAAGCCCUUCAGAGCAAAGACUGCAACACAGCGACAGCUACUGUGACAUCAUCUGGCGCCAACUACAUCCUUUCCGCGCUACUUGGCUGGCUGAUAUUCGGCGAAACGAAUUGCGGGCUCUAUUGGUUCGGAAUAUUUUUAAUCAUCAUUGGGCUGGCAAUAAUUAACAAAAGUGACGAAAGUCCAAAAUUUGAAGAGAAAUUAAAGAAAAACUGA